CAGCUACCAGGAGUUCAGUCAAAGUUGAACGGAACGGAACUGACAGAAUGAAUCUGAUGGAACUGAAGUAAGAACGCCACUGCCUCGGAUUCAUCUGCUAAUGCCUUGGACUUGUCGUGCUGUGCACCAAUCUGCAACGAAAUAGUACGGCACGGCUUUUGAUCUAGUUCAUCGUGCGCCGUCCUAUCAACGGAAUCACCACUCGAUUAGUCAAGUCUACCAGUUCAAGAUCGUUACCGCAGCUUUUGAGAGUAGCCUAGCCUGAUGGAGCCCAGCCUCGUUAAUGUCUGCAUCACUCUCGUUUUUCUCGUCGUCACUGCUCUACCAGUAGCGCGUACAGAUUCCUUAGCCAAGUCACCAACCAGUUACGAAGCGUCGGUUCCAGCCGCAGUUGACCCGUCAUGGCCGCGAAUUCUCACGUUCGAGAUAGUCAAAUCGUUUCCUCACGACACGUCAGCUUUCACGGAGGGCCUUGUGUACCUGAGCCAUAACGCUAGCGGGGGCAGAAGCACCGGGGAAGGAAUCUUCUAUGAGUCUACAGGGAUGCGUGGACAGUCAACCGUGAGAGAAGUUGACGUAGCCACUGGGAAGGUUCUUAAGAAAGUGGCUCAGAGCCCCCAAGUGUUUAGUGAAGGACUCACACUCGUCAACAACAACAGGCUGUUUCAGUUGGCGUGGCAGGUGCAAACGGGGACAAUCUACAGCCGCCAAACCCUUCAGAAGAUAGGCAGUUUUCGCCAUCAGAUGACCGACGGGUGGGGCCUGUCAACGUACAACCGAUCGCUGCUGGUGGGGAGUGAUGGCACAUCGUACAUCUACUUCAUCAGCGCUUCGACUUUCAAGACGCUGCACAAAGUGCAAGUGACUGACAGCGGCACUCCCAUUGCUUGGAUCAACGAGCUGGAAGUGAGGGGCAACCGCAUCUAUGCGAACGUGUGGCAGACUGACUGCGUGGCCGUGAUCGAUCCGGUGUCAGGGCGAGUGGCAGCAUGGAUGGACCUGCAGCGACUGAGAGGUCUAGCAGCAGCCAGGGUUAAGCCCAGGCAGGAGUUUGAUGUGCUGAAUGGCAUCGCAUGGGAUGCGCAGCAGAGACGGCUAUUCGUGACAGGCAAAUACUGGCCGUUGGUAUUUCAGAUUGCACCCAAGAUGCGUCCAGCAUCAGGAUCUCGUGCUGCUGACCUGGCGGCCAUUAGAGAGCAUUGCCAUCCGCAGGUGUAUAGGAGAUGAGAGGUGCCAGUGCCACCGUACGUGCUUAUCUAAUUUGUUUUGAGACGUCUCAAAACGAAUCUUCUAUCCGCAGGUGCAUAGGAGAUGAGAGGUGCCACCACCAUACGUGCUUAUUUAACCUUGAAACAUGUGGACACUCAUAUUUUUUAAUAAUCAAUCGCAUACUGU